GUGCAUGAUGCCGGUCCAAUCUAUCCUUCUGCCACGCAAACCGAACCAACAAUGUCUGCUCCGAAGACAUGGUCGGAUUACCAAAUGUCUUUCUCGAAAGUUAGCCUGAUAUGUCCGAUAGAUGUGGAACGUGUCAAGACUCGAUGGCUUGAAGCCUUUGCUCCUGACCUUGAACGCCGUCCUAAAGUUCUUUCCCCAGGAGUGACUUUCUUCACCUUGACAACACUCAGGUCCUGGCCUCGGAUGCUCACCCAGUCUGGUACUGGAUCACCACCUUUCAUUCACCCAAGUCAACUCUGGAAUAGUGAUUACCCACCCCCUCUUGCAAGAUGUGUCAACAUGGCCCACAUGUGGGCGAACCAGGUCUCUGGCGGAGAGGAUAUUGUGCGAGAAACCAUACUCAGGGAAGCUCAAGCUCUAUUCGAGUUGGACGGGAGCAGCUCUAGCAAUGAUAUGGGUCGUCUUGCAACGCUUCAGGCAUAUCUACUGCUCUGCCUGAUGCUGCUACCAUCGUCUCCAGACGAGCCCAUGAGCAUGCCUCAACAAGUCAAGAUCAACUUGCAAGAGCUUACCGCUAGGAGCGCAAAAGACGGACUAUUGUGCCCUGCUGAGCAGAGUGGCAGCCGGCCAGAUCAUCUGUCUUGGAUCCUUGCCGAAGCCAAGCGGCGCACUCUAUAUGCUGUAUACAUGUUCGAUGAUGUGGUAAACACGUUGAAUGAGAUGCCCUGUGUGCUCGGUGAUGAACUAGGCAUCCUACCGAUGACGUGCAGCAAGAUGCUUUGGCUAGGUUGCUCUUCUCAAGAAACCUGGGAGGAACAAUACAAUGCGAACCUGGCUGCUGGGAAGCAUUUACGUCUGGAAGAAUUGUGGAUGCAUCCUGGCGACGAGAAGACGAGGAAGAGGAGAGAGAGGUGGCUUGCUGCUGUCGAUGAGUUUGGAUUGAUGAUAUACGCUGUUGCCUCCAUCACUCAACUGCAUUAA